AUGCCAAUAAUGCGCAUCCCCUACACCGACCCCCUGCCGGCCCCGCGCAUCCUCCCCCCCAGCGCCCGCACCGCCCCCGGCGCCAUCGCCGCCCUCGCAACCUUCCUGACCGCCCCACCAUCGCCGCACCUCCGCCCGCACGCCUCGCCCUCGCCCUCGCCCUCGUCGUCGUCCUCGUCCCCCGCGCGCCGCGACGCCCGGCAGCACGCCGGCACCGUCGUCCUCACCGGCGCCGGCAUCUCCGUCGCCAGCGGCCUCGCCGACUACCGCGGGCCCCACGGCACCUACACCCUCAACAAAACCUACCGGCCCGUCUACUACGGCGAGUUCGCGGCCUCGCACCGCAUGCGCCGCCGCUACUGGGCGCGCAGCUUCCUCGGCUGGCCGACGCUGGCGGCCGCGCGGCCGAACGCGUCGCACGGGGCCAUCGCGGCGCUGGGGGGGUUGCGGGAAGGAGGUGCAGGUGGAGUCGUGGCGGGCGUCAUCACGCAGAAUGUGGACUCGUUCCACGGGGUGGCGCAUCCGGGGCUGCGGACGGUGGAGCUGCACGGGUAUCUGCGGGCGUGCGUGUGCUUGUCGUGUCGGCGGGAGUUUGACCGGGCGGAGUUUCAGCGGCGGUUGGCGAAGCUGAAUCCGGCGUGGGAGGCGUUUUUGGGGGAGAUGCUGGCGAGCGGGGCGUUGUCGACGGAGAAUCCGGAGGAGCGGAGGCGGAUGGGGCUGAAGACGAAUCCGGAUGGCGAUGUGGAUGUGCCGGGGGUGGAUUAUCAGACGUUUAGGUAUCCGGCGUGUCCGGUGUGUUUGGAGAAGGGGGGCCACGAGGCGCAUGGGAGGGUGGAGGUGGAUGCCGAUGGCGCGGUGGUGGAGGGGUCGGCGGCGGGGGUGUUGAAGCCGGCGGUGGUCAUGUUUGGGGAGAGCAUACCGCAGGCGGUGAAGAGCGGGGCGGAGGAGAUGAUUGAUGGGGCGAGCAGGUUGUUGGUGGUUGGGAGCAGUUUGGCGACUUAUUCGGCGUGGCGGCUGGUGAAGAGGGCGAAGGAGCAGGGCAUGCCGAUUGGCAUUCUGAAUAUGGGGGGUGUGAGAGGAGAAGAGGCGUUUUUUGAAGACAUACCAGCAGACAACGACGGUAGAUGGGGUUUCAGGAGCGCGGAAAGUUCGGAUGCCGUGCUGCCAGGGCUGGUAGAGAGGCUAAGAGAACUAAGAGGUGUUCCGGAAGGGCAUUCGACUGGGGUCAAGGCUGGCGCAAGCAUCUGA